GCGAUCAUGGAGGCACCGGCUUCGUCCGACAGUGCCACCGAAUUCAGCUUCUUCCAGGAGAAAGCUCCCGAGCCGGAACCCACAAUUGACAACACGGAGUCUUCAAAGGCAAUGCCGCCGCCAAAGCAGAGAAACAAGGUUCCGUUUGAGAAAGGUUUCAGCCAGAUGGACUGGCUCAAGCUCACCCAGAGCCAUCCAGAUCUAGCAGGGCUCAAGGGGCGAUCCAACAGGAGAAUGAUAGCUAUGGAGGAAGUAAAGCAACACAGGAAGCAAGACGAUGCAUGGACAGUUCUACGCGGCCGGGUGUACAACAUCACGCCUUACCUCAACUUCCACCCAGGAGGCCUGGACAUGCUGAUGAAGGCAGCAGGCAAAGAUUGCACUUCUCUCUUCAACAAAUACCACGCUUGGGUGAAUGCCGAGUUCCUCCUGGAGAGAUGCCUCUUGGGCGCUCUAGAACAAUAGCAAUAUAGCAAGCACAUUCUUUGAAUGAUUCAUGAUUCAUUUAACUCGAACUUCCCUUUACCUCC